AUGACAAAGAGGGGGAGACCAGGAGGAGACCCAGGACACAGAGGGGGAGACCAGGAGGAGACCCAGGACACAGAGGGAGGAGACCAGGAGGAGACCAGGACACAGAGGGAGGAGACCAGGAGGAGACCCAGGACACAGAGGAGGAGACCAGGAGGAGACCAGGACACAGAGGGGGAGACCAGGAGGAGACCAGGACACAGAGGGAGGGGACCAGGAGGAGACCAAGACACAGAGGGAGGAGACCAGGAGGAGACCCUGGACACAGAGGGAGGAGACCAGGAGGAGACCCAGGACAAAGAGGGAGGCUACCAGGAGGAGACCAGGACACAGAGGGAGGAGACCAGGAGGAGACCAGGACACAGAGGGAGGAGACCAGGAGGAGACCAGGAGGAGACCCAGGACACAGAGGGGGAGACCAGGAGGAGACCCAGGACACAGAGGGAGGAGACCAGGAGGAGACCCAGGACACAGAGGGAGGAGACCAGGAGGAGACCCAGGACACAGAGGGAGGAGACCAGGAGGAGACCCAGGACACAGAGGGAGGAGACCAGGAGGAGACCAGGACACAGAGGGAGGAGACCAGGAGGAGACCCAGGACACAGAGGGAGGAGACCAGGAGGAGACCCAGGACACAGAGGGGGAGACCAGGAGGAGACCCAGGACACAGAGGGAGGGGACCAGGAGGAGACCAGGACACAGAGGGAGGAGACCAGGAGGAGACCAGGAGGAGACCCAGGACACAGAGGGGGAGACCAGGAGGAGGAGACCAGGACACAGAGGGAGGAGACCAGGAGGAGACCAGGACACAGAGGGGGAGACCAGGAGGAGACCAGGACACAGAGGGAGGGGACCAGGAGGAGACCAAGACACAGAGGGAGGAGACCAGGAGGAGACCCUGGACACAGAGGGAGGAGACCAGGAGGAGACCAGGACACAGAGGGGGAGACCAGGAGGAGACCAGGACACAGAGGGAGGGGACCAGGAGGAGACCAGGAGGAGACCAGGACACAGAGGGAGGGGACCAGGAGGAGACCCAGGACAAAGAGGGAGGCUACCAGGAGGAGACCAGGAGGAGACCAGGACACAGAGGGAGGAGACCAGGAGGAGACCCAGGACACAGAGGGAGGAGACCAGGAGGAGACCCAGGACACAGAGGGAGGAGACCAGGAGGAGACCCAGGACACAGAGGGAGGAGACCAGGAGGAGACCAGGACACAGAGGGAGGAGACCAGGAGGAGACCCGGGACACAGAGGGAGGAGACCAGGAGGAGACCAGGACACAGAGGGGGAGACCAGGAGGAGACCAGGACACAGAGGGAGGGGACCAGGAGGAGACCAGGAGGAGACCAGGACACAGAGGGAGGCUACCAGGAGGAGACCCAGGACAAAGAGGGGGAGACCAGGAGGAGACCCAGGACACAGAGGGAGGAGACCAGGAGGAGACCAGGAGGAGACCCAGGACACAGAGGGGGAGACCAGGAGGAGACCCAGGACACAGAGGGAGGGGACCAGGAGGAGACCAGGACACAGAGGGAGGAGACCAGGAGGAGACCCAGGACACAGAGGGAGGAGACCAGGAGGAGACCCAGGACACAGAGGGAGGCUACCAGGAGGAGACCCAGGACAAAGAGGGGGAGACCAGGAGGAGACCCAGGACACAGAGGGAGGAGACCAGGAGGAGACCAGGAGGAGACCCAGGACACAGAGGGGGAGACCAGGAGGAGACCAGGACACAGAGGGUGGAGACCAGGAGGAGACCCAGGACACAGAGGGAGGGGACCAGGAGGAGACCAGGACACAGAGGGAGGAGACCAGGAGGAGACCAGGACACAGAGGGAGGAGACCAGGAGGAGACCCAGGACACAGAGGAGGAGACCAGGAGGAGACCCAGGACACAGAGGGAGGAGACCAGGAGGAGACCCAGGACACAGAGGAGGAGACCAGGAGGAGACCCAGGACACAGAGGGAGGGGACCAGGAGGAGACCAGGAGGAGACCCAGGACACAGAGGGAGGGGACCAGGAGGAGACCAGGAGGGGACCAGGACACAGAGGGAAGCGAUGGCAAAGUCUGCGAGCGCACACAGGUGUCCCCACUUAUCCUCACACUGCUGCGGACACACAACAGGAAGUGUCACACGCACAACAGGAAGUGUCACACGCACAACAGGAAGUGUCACACGCACACCAGGAAGUGUCACACGCACAACAGGAAGUGUCACACGCACAACAGGAAGUGUCACACGCACACCAGGAAGUGUCACACGCACAACAGGAAGUGUCACACGCACACCAGGAAGUGUCACACGCACAACAGGAAGUGUCACGCGCACAAUGUUGUGUGUCUUACCUGUUUCUCCGGCGACAGCCCGGACACUGCCAUGUACGUGCUGCCGAUGGUCUUGAUCUUCUCUAUGUCCUGGAAACGCUCCUCCCCCAAGAGCUGCAACACAACACACUCAGUCUCCUCCUGCACCUCCUCCCACCUCCUGCCCCAAGAGCUGCAACACAACACACUCAGUCUCCUCCUGCACCUCCUCCCACCUCCUGCCCCAAGAGCUGCAACACAACACACUCAGUCUCCUCCUGCACCUCCUCCCACCUCCUGCCCCAAGAGCUGCAACACAACACACUCAGUCUCCUCCUGCACCUCCUCCCACCUCCUGCCCUAA